AACAUCAUGCAUGCUAGCUCACACAACAAACUCUAGCUCUCACUUCUAUCCCCAUCCUCUUCAUCUUUAUAUCAUCUAAAUUUGCAUGUGAUUCCUUCACCUAGCUAGCUUCUCUUUUUCUCCAUUAAUCGAACCCUUUAGAGUUUAGUUUAUACUAUUCGCUAAUUUAACCUACACGUUCUUCAUAUCAUCCUUUUUCAUUUACGCUGUCUAUAAUAUAUAGUUCUUCCAAAAUCUAUAUAUUUUUCCUCAAACAAGCCCUUGAAAAUGAUGCCUAUAGAGCAAGAUCCUACGUCCAAUUCUACAAGUCCUUCCAUAAAAAUCCAUCAUAAUGCGGCUAAUACAAACCCUGAGGAAUUCUCUGCUCAUAUGGAGCCGUCAUUGUCGAAUCGAGCUAUAAGUCCUUGUUUGGAGGAUUUGGAACCCUUCCAUCAACAAUCAGUUCCUCCUCAAUUCUCUACUUUGCAUGGAUCCCUCCGCCCUAUCAUACUCAAGUUCGAAGAUGUUACAUACAACAUUACAUUACAUCCAACACAAGAGUCUGCUUGCUGCUUAGGCAACACAAGUCCAAAGCUUAACCGGGUGAUUCUUGAUGGUGUAACCGGAAUUGUACGCCCUGGCGAGCUCCUAGCAAUGCUAGGCCCGUCAGGCAGUGGCAAGACAACCCUCCUCACUGCCCUAGGAGGCCGACUACCAGGCAAAAUAUCCGGUGGUUCAAUAACCUAUAAUCAACACCCAUUUUCAAGAUCUGUCAAGCGUAAAAUUGGUUUCGUAACCCAAGAUGAUGUGCUCUACCCACAUUUGACUGUAUUAGAAACAUUAACAUAUACUGCCCUUUUAAGGUUACCUAAAAAGUUGACCAAACAAGACAAAAUAAAUCAAGUGGGUGUGGUUAUUAAUGAAUUAGGCCUAACCAGGUGUCAAAAUACCAUGAUUGGUGGAACCAUUUUUCGAGGGGUCUCAGGAGGAGAGAGAAAAAGGGUUAGUAUAGGACAAGAGAUGCUAGUCAAUCCUAGUCUAUUGUUAUUAGAUGAGCCCACAUCGGGUUUGGACUCAACAACAGCUCAACGGAUUAUGGCCACACUUAAAGGGCUAGCCCGCGGUGGGCGUACCAUUGUGACCACGAUCCAUCAACCAUCAAGUAGACUAUACCAGAUGUUUGAUAAGGUGGUGGUGUUAUCCGAAGGCUGUCCAAUUUAUAGUGGGAGUGCUAGCCGUGUUAUGGACUAUUUUUGCUCCAUUGGGUUAAUGCCUGGGUUCAACCUCAUUAAUCCAGCUGAUUUUCUGCUUGAUCUUGCUAAUGAUCAACUUGAACACCAUACCAGAUUGGAGCAUCCCGAAAACAGUGCAACUUCAACUAAGCAAUUUCUAACAUCUUCAUAUAAGAAAUACCUAUAUCCUGGAUUGAAGGCUGAAACUCACCAGGGAUUAUUGGGAGAUCAAACUCAUUCAAAUUUGAAACUUUUACAUAAAAGUAGUGAAGAAAAGCAAUGGAGCACAACAUGGUGGGAGCAGUUCAAGGUGUUGCUGCAAAGAGGGUUGAAAGAGAGACGACAUGAGUCAUAUUCUAGUCUAAGAAUCUUCCAAGUCUUAUCUGUUGCCAUUAUUUCUGGACUUUUAUGGUGGCACUCCGAUAUUACCCAUAUACAAGAUCAGGUUGGGCUACUUUUCUUCUUCUCCAUAUUUUGGGGGUUUUUCCCCUUAUUCAAUGCCAUCUUCGCCUUCCCUCAAGAGCGACCAAUGCUAAUAAGAGAAAGAGCCUCAGGCAUGUAUCACCUCUCAGCGUACUACCUAGCACGUAUGGUUGGGGACUUGCCCAUGGAACUCGUACUCCCUACCAUUUUUGUAAGCAUUACAUACUACAUGGGCGGACUUAAGCCCUCCCCCCUAACCUUUAUCCUCACCCUUGCAAUCGUCCUCUACAACGUGCUCGUCUCUCAAGGCCUCGGACUAGCCCUAGGCGCGAUGUUAAUGGACGUCAAGCAGGCCACCACCUUAGCCUCGGUGAUCAUGCUUGUCUUUUUACUAGCUGGAGGGUAUUACAUUCAGCACAUACCGCCUUUUAUAGCAUGGUUGAAGUAUGUAUCGUUCAGUCACUAUUGCUACAAGCUUCUCGUUGGGGUGCAAUAUUCAGGAUAUGAGGUUUAUGAAUGUGGGUUCAAGAUGCGUUGUAAGGUGGUUGAUUAUCCUACAAUUAAGCAUCUUGGCAUCCAUAAUUUGGCGUUUGAUGUUGCUGCCUUAACUAUCAUGUUUGUGGGUUAUAGGCUUUUGGCUUAUGCUGCUUUAAGGAUGAACCAUCCACAUUAACUAUUGUAAUUAUUAUACUUGAGACUUGUGAGACUGUAUAUUAUAAUUAAGAAGAUUUAGAAAGAUAUAAUCCUUAGGAGAAAUGACUUGUUAAAUUGCCUUACAUGUAACAGGUUAUGUUAAGCUGAUAACCAUAAGUCAAGAAGUUCCACAAAUCCGAUUGCAAAUAAUAUAUAUAAUCUUUUGCAGUUCUCUUAA